AUGGGUUUGACUAUUUCAUCGCUUUUUAAUCGACUUUUUGGCAAGAAACAAGUAAGGCUUUUGAAAAAUAAAAUGAUGUUUUCAUGCUUUUUGCGAAAGUUAGUUGAAAUUUCAGGUUUUAAUCGUAUUUAUAGGAUUGAGAGACCUAAGACAAUUAGAAUGAUAUAAUUUUUGAUGAAGUUACGUUAAUUUUUAUUGAUUUGUGCUUCUGAGUUGUCUAAUAUCAUCAAAAAUAUAUUAUUCGAAUUGUUCUAGGUCUCUCAACACUAUGAUUACUUUUAAAACCCAAGAUUUCUACUCACUUGCGCAAAAACUUGAGAAAAACAUGGUUUUUCUCGAUCCCCAAAUAAAAUAUCCUAUUUCUAGGUUCGUAUUCUUAUGGUCGGACUUGAUGCGGCUGGUAAAACAACAAUUUUGUACAAGUUGAAGUUGGGAGAAAUCGUCACCACUAUUCCAACAAUCGGUAUGGUUUUGAAUCGAGUUCUGGCUAAGAAUUAGAAGAAAUUUCAUCUGAAAAGCUUGGGAGGGUUCUUCCCUUUGCGGAGUCAGCUCAGAAUUCUUCGAAAAUAUCGACUUUUUGCGGAAUGUCGAUGUUUUCAGAUAGAAAUUGAAUUUUUCGUUCUGGAAAUCUAUGUUUUUCACUAUUCAGGGCUAUAAUUAGAAUUUCUGGACACAAAGUUCAAUUAUCUUGAGUCUGAAAUUGUCCAUGCGUGAAAUUAAGGGUUGUCAGCUAGAAAUUUGAGAUAUUUUGUCUGACAUUUCCGGGUUUCAACUGGAAAAUGGUUAUUCCGGUGUGGAAUCAAGAUUUUGAGCUGGUAAUCAAAUAUAGGUUGCCAUCAAUAUUUUCUGUUUUAAUGUGUCUUCCAUUGAAAAACAUCGAUUUUUCCAACCCCUUCAAUUUUCCAACAACAAAAAUCAAUAUUAAUUAUUGCAGGCUUCAACGUCGAAACAGUCGAAUACAAAAACAUCUCAUUCACCGUCUGGGAUGUCGGUGGUCAAGACAAAAUCCGUCCAUUGUGGAGACAUUACUUCCAAAAUACCCAAGGGCUCAUCUUCGUCGUCGAUUCUAACGACAAAGAGCGUAUCGAAGAAUCGCGCGAAGAGUUGCACAAAAUGCUCAACGAAGACGAGCUCCGCGAUGCCACUCUCUUGGUGUUCGCCAACAAACAAGAUUUGCCGAAUGCGAUGAACGCCGCUGAAUUGACCGAUAAACUUGGACUUCAUAAUCUCCGCUCGAGACAGGUAUUUUUGCGGGGCGAAGUCAAAAAAAGCGGGAAAAAAAUUAGGAUCGCGGAAGAAUUCGAUAAGAUCUACGAUUUUUAUCGUAUUUCGAAUUGAAGAUUGAAUCUUGGAAUUUUCUGGAAGCUUUCUUGAUCUCGAGGGGUUUUUGAAACUUGAAAAUUGGAGGAAAACGAAAAAUCGUUGAUUUUUAGUUUUCGCGUGAACUUUUUUUAUUAAUUAUUUCAUUUUCCUUUUCAAUUUCGAAUUGAAUUUUGAAAUUUUCUGGUUUUUAACGAUAUAAAGUAUAGUUGGACAUCGACUAAUGUACAUUUUCAUGUUUUUCAAGCAAGUUAGUUGAAAUAUUGUGUUCUAAUGUUAUUCAUAUGAUAGAAUGGUCUAAGACGAAUAGAAUGAUAUAAAUUUUGAUGACUUUACGUUAUCCAUAAGUGAUUUAGCGAGGUUUAGUCGAUAAGCCGAGUCGAUGGACUAAACGUCGCUAAAUCACUUAGGGAUACCGUAAACUCAAAAUUUAUAUCAUUCUGUUCGUCUUAGACCAUUCUAUCACAUGAAUAACAUUAGAACCCAAUAUUUCAACUAACUCGCUUAAAAAAACAUAAAAAUGUCAUUUAGUCGAUGUCCAACUAUGAUGUGGAACUUCCCUUUAAAAAAAUCAAUAUGAAUUUUUUCCAGUGGUACAUCCAAGCAACCUGUGCCACUCAAGGACACGGACUCUACGAAGGACUCGACUGGUUGUCAAACCAAUUGUCAAAAACCUAA